AUGCCCCACCAACAAGAACUUGAAUUUACACCUAUCGCUGAUGCUCCUCUUGGUGCUGUUGUCACUCUUCCCUCUGGCAUCACCGAUCCUGCCGAUCUUAACAAUGAAGAUUUCCAAAAACUCAAAGAAGGUCUUUUGACCUACAGUGUACUUGUCAUUCCUGGUCAAGAAAAUCUUUCUCCAAACUCUCAGUAUCAAAUUACAAAGCGCAUGGAUCCCACUUGUGAAGGUGGCUAUGGACACUCCAAGGAGUUCCGCCAUUAUAAGUCUGUUCUUCGCCGUGAUGGUGUUUCUGUCCCAGAUCAACCCCAGGUUCAGAUCUUAGGCCAGGGUACUUUUAAAAAUUAUUACGGAAUGGAAUCCAUCACUCUCCGUCAUCCUACCCACUUUGACUUCCAUCAAAAGCCUCUUACUGACGACAAAGUUGCAAAGAAUUACACCCGCUUCUAUAGAUGGCACAUUGACUCUGCACUUUACGGUCUUUCACCCCCAGUAUGCACUACCCUUCUUGGUAUCCAUGUUCCUGAAACUACCAAGACCAUGAAAAUUAAAUAUGAAGAUACCGAUGAGGAAAUUGAAAUUGCUCAAGCUGGCACUGCCUUUUUUUCUGGUGCAAAUGCCUUUGAUGCUCUUUCCGAUGAAGAUAAAGAACUUGCCCUUGGUACUACUGUCGAAUACGCACCCCAUCCUUACAUUUUUAUUUCUCCUGCUAGAGCCACCAGUGAUGGUGUGACCAUGGUUUCCGAGGGCAAGGAGGUUUCUCUUGAUGAGCUUCCUGAGUGGGAAGAGUCCAAAAUCAAGAAACUCCCCAUGGUCUGGACCAAUCCUGUCACAGGCAGACAUCAUCUUCAGAUCCAUGGUGCUUGUGUUUUCAAAAUGCACCGUCCUGAUGGCACAGUUUUGCAACUGGAGGAUGCACGCAAAGAAGCUUACAGACUGAUUCGCCCUGCCAUUGCGCCCAAAAACAUUUACGUUCAUUCUUGGAAAAAGGGUGAUUUGGCCUUGUUCCACAACCAGGGUGUUUUGCACAGCGUCACAGGCCAGUUUUCCGAAGGUGAAACUCGCCUUAUGCACCAAUGCAAUAUUGCUAGCGGUGUUGAUCCUGUUACUGUUAGAAACUAA